GCCAUGAAUCCCUACGGCAACUGCUCUGGCCCCGCAUUCCCCCUGUCCCAGCAAGACUUCCCCGUGGAGCCCAUCAACCCAGAUUUCUGCAACAGGACUCACCCAGUGGCCUUGUUCGACCCCAAGGAUGCCAACCUGACAGAGGAGCAGUUGCGGGAUAAGUACCUGGGGCCUCGGCGGUCCAGUUUCUUCAUCCCCGUCUGUGCCAUCUACCUAAUAAUCUUCAUGGUGGGGGCCGUGGGCAACACACUCACCUGUGUUGUCAUCCUCCGGCACAGGUUCAUGAGGACACCUACCAACUACUACCUGUUCAGCCUGGCCGUCUCCGACCUACUUGUCCUCCUGCUGGGAAUGCCGCUGGAGCUGUACGACAUGUGGAGCAACUACCCUUUCCUCCUGGGCGCCAGUGGCUGCUAUUUCAAGACGCUGCUCUUUGAGGCCGUCUGCUUUGCCUCCAUCCUCAACGUCACGGCCCUGAGUGUGGAGCGCUACAUCGCCGUGGUUCAUCCACUCAAGGCCAAGUAUGUAGUGACCAGAAACCAUGCCAAGAGGGUCAUCAUCACCAUCUGGGUCAUGUCGGUCAUCUGCUCCAUCCCCAACACCAGCCUCCAUGGGCUGCAGCCUCUCUACGUACCAGGCCGGGGGCGCGUGCCGGAUUCAGAGAUCUGCACCUUGGUGAAGCCACGCUUGACAUACAACCUCAUCAUCCAGAUCACCACCAUCCUCUUCUUCUUCCUGCCCAUGGGGACCAUCAGUAUCCUGUACCUGCUCAUUGGCCUGCAGCUCAAGAAAGAAAAGAUGCUCCAGGCCUUGGGAGACAAGUCGGGGGGCAGCUGUGACUACCACAACACCCAAGGGCAGAAGAAAGUCAAGAGGAGGCAGAUCACGAAGAUGCUGUUCGUGCUAGUGGUGGUGUUUGGGAUCUGCUGGGCACCCUUCCACAUCGACCGCCUCGUCUGGAGCUUCGUCUCCACCUGGACCAGUCACAUGCUCUACAUGUUCCAGUACGUCCACAUCAUCUCAGGUGUCUUCUUCUACCUGAGCUCAGCAGCCAAUCCCAUCCUCUACAACCUGAUGUCCACUCGUUUCCGGGAGAUGUUCAAGGAGGUGAUGUGCCACCCUGGCCACCGCACGCCGGGCUCCCAGAAAUACUCACCCAGUGUCACUCGUGUCACCACCCGCAGCACCGAGUGCGAGCAUGUACCCAGCACCAAUUGCCUGCCCCUCUCUGACGCUGAGGAGUAUGAGAUGGAGGAGGUGGAGGGGGGCCAGGUCAGUGUACACAAGACAUCUCUCUGCUGA